AUGAAGUGCUUGUUCGCUGAUGGAAUGAGGAGCUCCGGGGACGGGUCCGAAAUCCGCAGAGGAGACGCUCGCCAAACGUGUUGUCUGACGCGGCGUCGCCGGCGCCACAGGGCCCCCGACAGGCAAGGGCGGACAGGCCCCUUCCAUGGGGUCAGCUGCGUGCACGUGGAGGACGGGUCGGGAGGACAGGCCGUGCCGGGGGCAGAGGGGCAGAAACCACAGGGCAGGAGGGGGCAUAAAGGCAGGGGGCCGCGGGCGAGGCCGCCACCAGAGACCACGGCUCUGCUCCUGCUGACCCUGCAGCUGAGCCGCGUCUCCGCCCAGGAGCUCAGCCCCCGAGCCGUCGUGCAGAAGAACUACAACAUGACCAAGGUGUCAGGGACCUGGGAUUCGGUCUCCACGGCCUCGGACGACAUGAAGCGGAUCGAGGAAAACAGGGACCUGAGGCUCUUCAUACAGAACAUCGAGAGCUUGCAGGAUGGGGAGCUGAGGGUGCACGAGGAGUGUGAGCACGUGGCCGUGGUCUGCAAGCGGACGGGGAAGGAAGGGGAAUACAGCAUCUACUAUGAGGGGGACAAUGCGGUGCUGCUCUCGGAGACUGACUACAGACUGUACGCCACCUUCUAUCUCCGGAACAUCAGGAACGGGACAGAGACCACAGUCCUGGCACUCUAUGGCCGGGUGCCGGACCUGCGUCCCAGCUUCCUGGACAGAUUCGAAAGCGUCUGCAGGAAGCACGGGCUGGGCCCACAGAACACUGUCAGCCUCAGCGACCAAGGAAGUAGAGGACACUCCCGGCCCCCGGCCUGCAGAACCACUGGCUAACCCGAAGGUCUCCUUUCAAGAUUCUUACCUCGGUCACAUCCACAAAGACCCGUUGCGCAUAAGGCCACACGCACAGGUUCUGGACAUUGGGACUGGAACACGGGCCUACUUGGGGGACCACGGCUUCCUUCUCUGAGCUGUCCUCUCUCCAGGGCCCGUGUCCCAGUGCAGGUCGCCCCCUCCUUCCCAGGGCCUGGUCCCCAGAGGCGCCUCAUCUGGGGAGCGAGGGCCCUGAGGCACCUCGGGUAGGGGUGUCGGGUGGAAGGUGACCCCCACGGAGAGGGACAGGCGCUGACAGCCAUCCCUCAGAGAUCAGUAGUUGUGCGGCUGGGACACGCACCCCACGUGGGCGGACACGCAGGGUCCCCGCUGAUCCGUGGCUAUUCCGUGGACGACACGUGGUGGCCCAGGGUGUUCACCUGAGAACUUAGGAAAUUCGCACACACGACCUGGACCCAGACGUCCGUGGCGGCCCUGCGCACCGCCUGCCACCUGGGAUCCGCCCGGCGGCCGCCCCGGGCAGAUGACCGGCUGGCCACACCCACGCGCGGGGACACGGCUUCGUGGCCGGGGAACGAGCUGCGUGGCCUCGAGGCGGUGGGGCCGGGAGAAGGCAGGCAACCCCAGAAGGAAUCGCUUCCAGAUUCCGUUUGUAGGAUAGUCUCAAAAUGUCAAA